GAGACAGACUGGUGAGCGGCAAGGGAAGAUAUCAGGAAGAAACAGGCAGCUGAAGAGAGUCUGACUUUCUCUUCCAGGGCUCCAGGGGUGGACGAUGCUGUUGCUGUCUGGUAUUCUCCUGCUCUCCCGAGUGUGUCACGCCUGGUCAGAGUGUGGGUCCGGCUGCGUUGUGCCUGGGUUAAUCGGUGGGCAGGUAUUACUGCCCUGUCUUUACAAGGAGAAAGGACCAUUACCACUCCAGUCGGCAAGAGUCUUUUGGCAAAAUGCUCGCAAUGAUGUCGCCUACUAUUUCCUGGACGGCACGCUGGGAGAACGUUACAUGACACAUCGUUAUUCUGGGAGGACGACAAUUCCCAAGGCAGAGUUACAAAAGGGAAAUCUCUCGCUCCAAAUGAACAACAUCAACGUGAAAGACGAUGGCAAAUACAGCUGCAUUCUCACUGUCCGUAACAAGAAAGUUCAUGAAUGUCAGAUCCAACUGCAGGUAGCAGCUCCCUACCAGACUCCAGUGUUAUCAGCAUCACAAGGAGAUGUUCUCGAUAUGGGUCUCCCUGUGAAUUUGAGCUGCAUUUCCUCUGGGGGAUUCCCAGCACCAGUUCUGAACUGGACGGAUGACGCUGGGAGACCUCUGCCGCCGGAUACAGAAGAGAAGACGACAGUGGCAGCUGAUCCUAGAACGGGCCUGUACAAUGUCUCCAGCACCAUCCGGAUCAUUGCCCCCCUCGGAAUGUCGGUCCGCUGUUCCAUCUUUAACCGGAGGACUUCGGAGCACCUGCAUUCCUCGGUGUGGACAUAUAGCCACACCAACUCUGGGUCGCAGUCUGACACUGGCUACCCUCAGUACCUCAUCGCUCUCUCUGUGUCCAUCACUGCUGUCGUCUGUGUGGGCCUCAUCGCUGCGAUCAUCUGUUCACACAGAGGACGAUACAGAGGUGUGCCUACCACAGACACAGCAGAGAAUCCCAGCAAAACAGAUCCCUCGAUGACAGAACUGCAGGUCAUUUAGAAUGGGCACCGGGAGAUCGACCCCACUUUGUUGGGAAGCAUGGACUGGAGCUACGCCAAGUCAGGAAGAGCAGGUGAUGCACCCCGGUGCGGAAUAGCAGCUGGACCUGACAAGACACAGAAGCCUCACACCCAGCACCAGAGAACUCUGGAACAUCAAAGAAAGAGCUGGGCGUCAUGGAAUGGCCGGAUUAGGCUUGAAGCGUUGGGAAGCCAGGAGUGGACGGAGGAGGAACUGAGGGAAGAGACACUUUGCAUUUCUGUAGCGACCGUGACCAUCCCACAACGCUUCACAGCUAGUUUUUAUUCAGAAUGAGGCCACCAGUGCAAUGGAGAGAAUGAGGGGAUGUCGAUUUGCACGCGGCAAAGUCCCCAUGACAAGGCCAUGUGACUCUGAUCAUCUGACCUGCUGACAUCCAAUCAACUCCGGGACACUUUACGCCAUUGACCAACUCUCCAGAUCUCUGGGGAUUCCCUCGGUGAGUUCCCACUGAGGAUCCGGAACUGAAAGUUGGAGUGAGAUUGGGAUUUGGUCAUUGAUAUGCAAAUCUAUCUGUGAUUGGCCUUUGUAGUCAACCGAAAUGUCGUACAAGAGUUGACCAAACAAUAUGUGAAUGAAGUAUACUUUGUAAGUAAUAUUUGUACAGUUUUGUUACUGGGAAGAAAUGGUGUAUAAAUAUCUGAUUGUUUUAACAA